GAAAAUUUUUAAUCACGUGACCUGUGGGAAGUACCAAAUCAAAACAUUAAUUUUAGAAGACAUUUCUCCUCUUUAUUGUGUCAUCAAAUACAAAUUCGUUCAUUCGAUGUCAAUGCUAUGAAGUUUUGAAAUGAAUGGGGAUGAUGCACAUGCCCAAGAGAAACAGAGCUUGCAGACAAGAUUGCUGGAUGCUGUUAAACAGUGCCAGGUACGGUUUGGUGGAAGGACAGAACUGGCCACAGACACUGAUGCUAGAGUGUCCUGUCUGUGUGCAGCAUGGGAGAGUGUCCUGCAGCAUGGUAUGAAGGGAGAAACCAAGGCUAUAGCAGCUCUCAAGCAAGUUACAGAAAUGACUGGUCUUACAAAGGUGGCAGAAAUGUUUGCUGAUAAGCCUAUUGAGAAAGAUCUAGUGUUCUGGAAUUAUGUGAAGGAAGUACUGACUCGACAUGAGGCAGACAGAUUUAUGAACCUGAAAAACAUUAACAGUGAUUCUGGUCGAGGGAGAUCAUGGCUACGGGCAUCACUCAAUGAACACUCGUUAGAGAGAUACAUGCAUAUGUUAGUGGAAAGUGAUACGUUACUGAGUCAGUUUUACAACAGCUGGGCAUUUCUAAGAGACCAGGAAAAGAACAGCAUGCUCCCAAUGAUGGCUAGAGGACUGGAUUCAAUUUUGUUUGCUAUCACAGUUGAUAAUGCUGAGUUAAACACAGUACUGCAAACUCCUAAAACAGUUGUCAAUGUUGGUAACCUCCCAGCGUCAACAGUGAAACCAGAGGAGGAACUUAGGCCAGUCAUAGCUGGUGAAAGCCCACCUGAUCGAGAGAAGAAAAAGGAAAAGAAGAAGAAGAAAAAAGUGUCGCAUAUAGUUAGUUUUGAUGAAGAUGACUCUGGUUUAGGGAGAUUCUCCAGGGUAAAUCAGACAGGGAAGAGCGGAAGUUUCAGUUUUGGCUCACCAUCUGAUGCAUCAGAAAAGUUAGCGCAACAGUUUCAGACAAUUUCACAGGAAUCUGUGACUUCAAGCUCAAAAAUUAGUGCUAAUGUUGAAAGUGCUGGGUUUAAAACUAUAGACAAUGGUGCAAGUGCAAUGACACAAGAUAGCCAGUUAAGUACUAUGUCAAAGAAUAGCCAAUCAGGUGCAAUGACUCAAAAUAAUCAAUCCGGUGCAAUGUUACAGUCCAACCAAACAGAUGAUGUGUUCCAAAAUGGUGCCAAUAUACAAUCUUCACAUGUUCUUAGAUCUUCAAGUAGAGAGCCUAGUAUUGCCUCAGGUAGAUCAGAUAACAGAAGGAGCCAGGGAUCUUUCAGUUCAGCAGACUUUGAAUUAAGCAUGGAGAUGAGUGGAACUAUAAUGACCCCUGUGACCCCUGGAGGGCGCAGUGCUAUAGAAGAUGAUGAUACUGGACUGGGACGGUCAUAUGAUUCCAACACAUUAUCUGCUUACAAUGGUGAGGAUAUACAGUCAGCUACAUUUGCUCUACAGCAAGCCCAGAUCAGCUUCAAUGAAAGUCACAGAACUCAGGGAGAUGGUGGAAAUGUUUCUGAUGAUAUACAUAGUGAUAGGAUGUCUACAGAGGAACUAAAGAAGGCAGUUGUAUCAAUGAUGCUGAGAAAAGAUGAAGUUGAAGAACAGAAUAAAUCAUUAAAACAAAUGCUGGAACAGGAGAUGGAUUCCUCGUCAAUACUUAGAGCUGAAAUAGAAGACAUGAAACAUACAGAAACUACAAGACAGGAAAAAGAACAAGCUAAACUACAAGCCUUACAAAAAGAAAAUGAGCUGUUAAAACACCAGCUGAGGAAGUAUGUAAAUGCUGUGCAGAUGUUACGCACUGAGGGAACUUCAGUUGAUGUAAAUCUGGGUAUACAUGUUGAUGAACCACAGCCGACAAUUCCACCUGAAAAACCAAAGACAGAUUAUAGUCAUGAGGCAGAGGAGUAUGAGAAAAAACUGAUACAGGUGGCUGAGAUGCAUGGAGAACUGAUGGAGUUCAAUGAAUUAUUACAUCGUCAACUCAACAUGAGAGAAAACAUGCUCAAACGAUUACAGAAUGAACUUGUUGACCUAAGAGGACCAUUACCACAUGACAUCAACUUCACUGAUGAUCUACUUGCAAUGGGCACUGAAAGUUUGAGUAUGCAGCAGACACGCCUGAUUAAUGUAUGGAUCCCAUCUGCCUUCCUUAGAGGCUCAGCAUCAGAUACCUACCAUGUUUAUCAGGUGUAUGUAAGAAUAAAGGAUGAGGAAUGGAAUGUUUAUAAACGAUACAAACAGUUUAAUGAGCUUCAUGGUGAAAUGAAGAAGAAACACCCUUUAACUGGAAAGUUUGAAUUCCCUCCAAAGAAAUCUUUUGGUAAAAAGGAUAGUAAAGUGGUUGAAGGAAGGCGUGUAAUACUUCAGACCUACCUUAGGUGCUUGAUCAAUUAUAUGUUAGAGAAAGAUUCCAGAUUGUCCAACAAUCCAUGUAAACAGACUUUGUUGGAUGUUCUCCCUUUCUUCAGAUUUUGUAUACUUUAUUGAUUGAAUUGAAGACGUUUUUACACAUUGUACAGUGAUAAGAUUCCUGAAAAAGAUAAGAAGAAAAAGAAGUCUGAUGGUCAAAGAACACCACUAUCAUCUAGUCCAAGACAAGCAGCACCAGUUCCUGAACAAUACUCCGGUUUAUAGCUUGACACAACAUGGACUCGUAUCUAGUUCAAGACAAGUUGCACCGUACCUGAAAAAUACUCCAGUUUAUAGAAUAACAAAACAUGGUCUCACUUCUAGACCAGGACAAGUAGCGCCAGACUACCUGAACAAUAUUCCAGAAUACAGCAGAACAAUACAUAGACAGUCCAUGUUAUACAUCUUUCUUAUUAUGUAGUUAACAGUGCUGUGAAAUUGUUAUAACAUUAUUGUUAUAAAGAUAUGAAGUUUGGUCUAUAAUUUGAAUGAACACUUUAAUACAGUUAACAUGAUAAGGAAUGAAAAAGUGCCUAGAGUAUAUUCUUUGAAUUGUAUUUGAACAUACACCUUGAAACUUUUUAAUUUAACUACAUGAAGUAUAUAAUAAUGGAGAGCUUUCCUACUUGUUCCAACUUUUGCACCCAUGUCCAGAUUCUUGGUUAAUGAACAGUUGUGACUCAGUGGCUUUGCUUCAAACCUAUCAUAGUAGUUCCAAGUCAUCACCUAUAUCAUAUGGCACUAGGGCCAUUACUGUGCCACCAAUCUUUUAUGAAUUAUGCCUUCUUACUUAGAAAUUCAGGUUAAAGUUUGAUGCACUUUCAUUCUUUUAAACAUUAUUGCUAAAUGGAUUUAUUGAAACUUUACAUAGUUGUUCCACAUCAUCAACCAGAUCAUAUCACAUGAGGGUUAUAACACUAGCUCCAGCAUUUAAUGAAUUAUGCCAGGUUUUAGGUAGAAUUUCAGGUUAAAGUUUUGUCAGACUUUCAUACUGUAUCACUGUUCUUACUUAAUGGAUUUAAUUUUAGAAAUGCUGAAUGUUCUCCUAUAUUUAAUGAGUGAAUAAAACAUAGACAAGAGUUUGGAUAUAUAAUUUAAUUAUUCAAAUUAUUUCCUAUAUUUUAGUCAGUGAUCAAAUAAAGGGGCACUUUUGAUUCAAACCAAGCAGCAUUUUCAACUGUUGGACUACAUUUUAUCAUUUGUUCCAUAGUAUAGGCUGUUACAGUUCACUCCCUGAUUGGAAAACAUUGCAUAACAGAAUUAUUCUUAGUUCUAUUGAUAAACUAAAGCUAAUAUGAUAUCACAUUGUUAUGAUGUCAUAUUUUUAUUAUGUCACUGCUGAAUCAUUCCCCUUAAGAAUUUCACAAAGGUUAAAAUAUUUUCAUGGCUCCACACAAGAGUCAGUUUGAAUUUUAAAAUGUUUUGUUUCUGAUUAGCACAGAAAUAGUUCAUACAUAUACAGCAUGCAGAGCAUCAGGUUUACAAUUAGAGCUAUACUGAUAAAAUCUAACUGUUGAUUAUUCAUUCUCCUAAAAUAAUAUUUGGGUUGUUUCUCUGUAUGUUUACAGAAAAUGUUACAGAUAGUGUUAGAAUUUAAGUAUGUCUCCCACCACAUAGUGGUAUGGGAGAUAUAUUGAUUUACUGCUGUCCGUGUGUGUGUGUGUGUGUGUGUGUGUGUGUGUCCGUGUGUCUGUCUGUCACAAAUAUUGUCCACGCUCUUAAGGUGAACAGUUCUUAUCCGAUCUUCACCAAACUAACAAAAUGUGUUAACCAAUAAGUCCCCGACCAAGUUCGAUAACAAGCCAAAUUGCCUCAGGCCGUUCAGAAUUAUGACCCUUGAAUUACCAAAAAUUGGUCUUUUUAUUCUUGUCCACACUCUAAUUGAACAGUUCUCAUCCGAUCUUCACCAAACUUCUACAAAAUUUGUUUACCAAUAUGUCCUUGGCCAAGUUCGAUAACGAUUCAAAUUGCCCCAGGCACUUUAGAAUUAUGGCCAUUGAAUUAACGAAAAUCACUCUGUACACACUUGUCCGCACUCUCAAGUUGAACAUUUCUCAUCCGAUCUUUACCAAACUUGAACAAAAUGUGUUUGCCAAUAAGUCCUUGGCCAAGUUCGAUAACUAGCCAAAUCAGCAUAGGCACUUAAGAAUUAUGGCCCUUGAAUUACCGAAAAUCACUCUGUACACAGAUGCCAGUGAUACAUGUAUUGGUGCAUGGUUAGAUACAUAACUAUUCAGAUAAUUAGGCAGUUGUGGGAGACAUGUGCUUUUCUCAAAAGCAGCUCUAGUUCAAUAGAGUUGUUUUUCAUCAAUAUUCUGGUUAUGUAUUCCAAGGCUAAUAAGUUUGAAUUAAUCCCAUUUUGUGGUAACAGAGAAUGAUUGACAAUCAAGUGAAGUGAAAAAAGGAACUGACAUAAUCAUGUCUUUGUGUCAUUGUUUUACUAAUUUUCUUGAUCAGAAAAGUCAGUAUUUUAAAAUUGUCAAAUGUCAUAACUUUGUCAAUUCAUUGUCAGUAACAUUACUCCGAAACUUCGUGGUGUUGUGAAGUGUUUUUAGAUGUGCACUACGAUAUUUCUAAGUAGUAAAGGGGUUUAUAAAUGAGUUGGUAAAUGUAUUCUGUAAGAAUUUUUAGCUCACCUGUCACAUAGUGACAAGGUGAGCUUUUCUGAUCGCGUUGCGUCCGUCGUCCGUGCGUCCGUCCGUCAGUCCGUAAACUUUUGCUUGUGACCACUCUAGAGGUCACAUUUUUCACGGGAUCUUUAUGAAAGUUGGUCAGAAUGUUCAUCUUGAUGAUAUCUAGGUCAAGUUCGAAACUUGGUCACAUGCGGUCAAAAACUAGGUCAGUAGGUCUAAAAAUAGAAAAACCUUGUGACCUCUCUAGAGGCCAUAUUUUUCAUAAGAUCUUCAUGAAAAUUGGUCAGAAUGUUUACCUUGAUGAUAUCUAGGUCAAGUUCGAAACUGGGUCAUGUGCGGUCAAAAACUAGGUCAGUAGGUCUAAAAAUAGAAAAACCUUGUGACCUCUCUAGAGGCCAUAUUUCUCAAUGGAUCUUCAUGAAACUUGGUCAGAAUGUUCAGCUUGAUGAUAUCUAGGUCAAGUUCGAAACUGGGUCACGUGGGGUCAAAAACUAGGUUAGUAGGUCAAAAAAUAGAAAAACCUUGUGACCUCUCUAGAGGCCAUAUUUCUCAAUGGAUCUUCAUGAAAAUUGGUCAGAAUGUUUAUCUUGAUGAUAUCUAAGUCAAGUUCGAAACUGGGUCAUGUGCGGUCAAAAACUAGGUCAGUAGGUCUAAAAAUAGAAAAACCUUGUGACCUCUCUAGAGGCCAUAUUUUUCAUGAGAUCUUCAUGAAAAUUGGUCAGAAUGUUCAGCUUGAUGAUAUCUAGGUCAAGUUCAAAACUGGGUCACGUGGGUUCAAAAACUAGGUCAGUAGGUCUAAAAAUAGAAAAACCUUGUGACCUCUCUAGAGGCCAUAUUUCUCAAUGGAUCUUCAUGAAAAUUGGUCAGAAUGUUCACCUUGAUGAUAUCUAGGUCAGGUUCGAAACUGGGUCACGUGGGGUCAAAAACUAGGUCAGUAGGUCAAAAAAUAGAAAAACCUUGUGACCUCUCUAGAGGCCAUAUUUCUCAAUGGAUCUUCAUGAAAAUUUGUCAGGAUGUUCACCUUGAUGAUAUCUAGGUCAAGUUUGAAACUGAGUCACGUGCGGUCAAAAACUAGGUCAGUAGGUCUGAAAAUGAAAAUUGGUCAGAAUUUUUUAUCUUGAUGAUAUCUAGGUCACAUGUGCUCAAAAACUAGGUCACUGUGUCAAAUAAUAGAAAUAACGACGUCAUACUCAGUUCAACACUGGGUCAUGUUGGGAUAGGUGAGCGAUUCAGGACCAUCAUGGUCCUCUUGUUUAGUGAAAAUAUGAAGCUUGCCAAAAUGUUUAUCUUGAAUAUUGUUAUAAUGUUACUCAUGUACUGAUCUUGGUCUGAAAUACGUUCAUGUUAUACAUGAAUACAUAGAUGGCGUUCUUUAGCAAUGCCAGUGUGCUCGAGGGACCAGUGCAAUUAUGUUUAUUAUGUAUAUAUAAUGAAUUAUGCAUGUUUGUAACCAGUCAAAAUGUGGCGCACUGUAAAAAUCAGUACCAUAUGUUGUUUAUUAUAUAUUGUCAGACAUUUUAACAAAUGUGUUGUUUUAAUGGAAUAUUUACAAUAAUGGAUAUAAUUAAAUGAAUAUUUUACUACA